AUGUGGUUCACGAAAGCCUGCACACUGUGGAAAGCCACUUCAGCUAGCCAGCUGGUUCUGCUUUUCAGUACAAAUACCUUUGAGGUGGACUCGUUGGAUGUCAUUGCUGACACUUGUAGGUAUGUUGCGCACCCUAAAGAGGUUCCCUAUGUCUAUAUAUUUAUGAAGCCUGAUCCAAAUUUUACGGUAGAUACUAAACUGUAUUCUCUUGAAGGUGCUGUGUGUCCUUUAAUGAAAACAGUUGUCCAUCAUCUCAAACAAAUCGGCAGAGACAGUCUUGGAGUUUCAGGGUUUGAUCUAGCAGAAAGCUUUUCUUUGAGGCAAACAUCUUGUGGAGGGGAAAAAAUCUGUUUUAAACUGGGAAGCGCACCUCUCGUCAGAGACACAAAGCAAGUAUUUCCAAAUGGGCUUCCUGAAGAAUACUCUCUAGUUGCUACGUUCCGUGUACGGCGAAAUACCAAGAAAGAACGUUGGUAUAUCUGGCAAGUUUUAAAUCAGUAUGACACACCUGAGAUUUCUGUCCUUCUGGAUGGUACAAAAAAAGUUGUGGAGUAUAUGACCAAAUCUGCUCAAGGAAAUAUACUGCACUACACUUUUAAGAGUCGAGAAAUUUAUCCAUUGUUUGAUCGGCAGUGGCAUAAGCUUGGUAUUAGCGUGCAGUCGGGGAUCAUUUCCCUCUAUUUGGAUUGUAAUUUAAUUGAGAGAAAGCAGACUGAUGAAAAAUUCACCAUUGACUUGCAGGGAAGGACUCUGAUUGCUUCUCGCGCUGCAGAUGAUAAGCCUGUGGACAUUGAACUUCACCGCAUAACAGUGUAUUGUAAUCCAAAACUUGCAACAGAAGAUACUUGUUGUGAAAUAUCUGCAGACCUGUGCCCACGUGAGGAGAGGUUACUUGCUACGACUUCAUCACCAGUUACUGUUCAUGCCAGCAAAAUAUACACGUUUCCAGGAAUGCAGCAAGAAUCUAGAGAGAGAUGCCACUGCUUUCCAAAUAAAGGAGAAGCAGGAUUGCCAGGAGUAGCUGGUUUGCCAGGACAGAAAGGACAGAAAGGUGAAAAGGGGGAAGCUGGCUUAGUAGGUGCUCCUGGCAUACCUGGUCUUACUGGUUCCAAGGGUGAACGUGGCUUUGCAGGUAGUAAAGGUGAAGAAGGUGAAAAGGGUGAAAAAGGAGAUAAAGGAGAACCAGGACCAGAAGGCAUUCAUGGAAGAGAGCAAGGAGAAGACGACAAAGAUUAUGUGCUGGGCGCUAAAGAUUUUUUAGGGAGUAAUUCUGAUGACAACAAAUAUGCAUUUUUCUUCUUUGCUCAGGGACUAAAAGGUGACCCUGGUAGUCCUGGUGUGGCUGGUCCUAAAGGAGAAAAGGGAGAUGCAGGACCUCCGGGACCAACUGCCUUGAGCGGUUUGCCAGGGCUGGAGGGUCCCCAAGGUCCACCUGGUAAAGAAGGUCAAAGGGGAAGACGAGGCAAACCAGGCCUGCCAGGAAAGCCAGGGCCACCAGGACCUCCUGGUCCUUCUGGACUAAAAGGAAUUCUUGAUUCAUGGAACAAGCAUUAUAAUGAGGGUCAAAAAGGAGAAUUGGGAAUGACCGGUGCAAAAGGAGAAAAGGGAGAACCUUCUGAAAAAGGGGACAAGGGAGAUCCAGGAGAAACUGGAAUGGAGGGAUCAAAAGGAAAUAAGGGUGAAACAGGAGACCCUGGACUACCUGGUCUUACUGGAAAUCCAGGAUCAAAGGGACCGCAAGGACCUCCAGGACCUGUCGGACCCAGGGGACUGCCAGGAGAAGCUGGCUCACCAGGAGAGCACGGGGUACCAGGAAACCCAGGAGUUAAAGGAGACAAGGGGGACCCUGGUGGGAUUAUGGGACCGCCUGGACAUCCAGGUCCAAAAGGUGAUGUGGGACCUCCUGGACCAAGUCUGCCUGGAACACCAGGCCCCACUGGUAUUCCUGGAAACCCAGGUCCACGGGGACCAAAGGGAGAAAGAGGCCUACCUGGUGUACAAGGAGCACCUGGGGAGAUGGGGCCCCCUGGAAUAGGCAUUCAGGGAUCACCAGGUCCUAUAGGUCCAACUGGAUCAGCAGGUGUGCAGGGCCCUAGGGGACCCCCAGGAUUACCAGGAACUCCAGGUACCCCUGGUAUUAAUGGCACUCCAGGAAGAGAUGGAAAGCCAGGACUACCAGGCCCUCCAGGUGAUCCUAUUGCACUGCCACUUGUGGGAGACAUGGGUGCUAUACUGAAGGGCGAUCCCGGCACAAGAGGUCCUCCAGGCAUCCCCGGUAGAGAAGGGCCAAAGGGAAGCAAAGGUGAACGUGGAUUUCCUGGGCUUGCUGGAGAGAAGGGUGAUGAGGGCCUUCAAGGUGCUCCUGGACUGCCAGGCAUACCAGGACCCAGUGGACCAUCUGGAGUCACAGGAAGACCUGGGCAUCCCGGUCCAGCAGGGUCAAAAGGCGAAAAGGGUAGUGAAGGUUCUCCUGGGAAACCUGGACCACCUGGGCCUCCGGGUAUGCCUUACAAUGAAAGAAAUGGAAUGAGCAGCUUAUAUAAACUCCAGGGAGGUGUGAGUGUUGCUAGUUAUCCAGGUCCACCAGGACCUCCGGGUCCAAAAGGAGAUCCUGGCACAGUGGGAGACCCAGGACCGAUGGGAUUACCAGGACUGGAAGGACUCCCAGGGGAAAAGGGUGACCGUGGACCAGCUGGCAUGCCAGGAGUAGCAGGGACACCGGGAAAGCCAGGGUCUCCUGGGUCCCCAGGGAUGCCAGGGGAACCUGGUGAAAGAGGACCUAUAGGAGAUAUAGGCUUCCCCGGGCCAGAAGGGCCACAAGGAAAACCAGGAAUCAAUGGAAAAGAUGGAUUGCCAGGUCCUCCGGGUGCUGUGGGCAGACCAGGAGACAGAGGACCCAAAGGAGAACGUGGAGAUCAGGGUAUUCCAGGGGACAAAGGCCCACAAGGUGAACGAGGGAAACCUGGCCCAUCAGGAGAAAAGGGGGAUGUGGGUCCUAUUGGGCCACCAGGAGACAGAGGCUAUCCAGGAUCACCAGGUCAUCAAGGUCCCCCAGGUUCACCAGGACCCCCAGGGUUUCCAGCUGAUACAGUUUCACUUGAAGAAAUAAAAAAAUAUAUCAAACAAGAGGUUCUUAAGGUUUUUGAAGAAAGGAUGGCUCAGUUUGUAUCCCAGCUGAAGCUGCCUGCUGCCAUGCUUGCCUCGCAAGCUCAUGGAAAACCAGGGCCCCCAGGAAAAGAUGGGUUGCCAGGGCCCCCAGGAAAGGAUGGGUUGCCAGGGCCACCAGGAGAACGUGGAAUUCAAGGUUAUAGAGGACAGAAAGGGGAAAGAGGCGAGCCUGGAAUUGGACUGCCCGGUAACCCUGGACCACCUGGCCCCGCAGCUGCUGGCCUGCCGGGCCCGCCGGGAACGCCAGGCUCACCUGGACCGCAGGGGCCACCUGGACCCAACGGAAGAUGCAAUCCGGCAGAUUGCUAUUACCACAUAUCACAGACUCGGUCACGCACCAGCGGGAAAUAAAAACCCUCUCCCGUAGACACUUGGGUUCACAGUCACUUUUCACUCCUCUCAAUAAGUUAAUUUAAUCUUUGAAGUACUUGGUGCAUUUUUUUUUCCCUCGACGCUGCAUAGUAUAUAAUUUAUGAGGCACAGAAUUGAGCCUUUUUCUGUUAUUUGCAGUGUCGUAAUUAUGAAAUGAUGACAUAUAUUUUCCAGAGUGCAUUCCAUGUGUUAUGUUUCUCAUAUUUAUUUUGCUUAGAGGAGAAAAUAGGCCCAAAUAAUUUUCAUACGCUUCUUUCUUCAAACAAAACAUAUUUUAUUAUAACUUGAGAGAGUAUGUAUGCCUCAGUAUGUAAGCUGGCUUUAUUUUUCUUGCUGGUGGUGAAGUUAAGUGGAGAGAAUGCAGUUCUG